AUGUCAGCAGUGCAAGAGAGCUUCGAAACGCUCUCUGUAAGGUCAAUGGAUCUGGAAGAACGGGAUUCAUGGACGGCCCAGCUGGAGGCCAUCAAUAGCGAAAUCCAGGACAUUUUGGUCGAUGUGCUUGUGGUGUUUCUGCAGCUUCCCGAGCUCACUACGAGCCUGAAUGCCAUUGAAGCUUGGGCCGCUGCUUUUGAACAGCUCUUCGAGCUUGUGCCGGGUUUAAAGCCUGUUUUCGAUAUGGCGCCGCUGGACGACGCCGAAAUGAGGUUUGAAGGCCGUCCUGGCAGGUUCUACCUGCCCAUUGAAGAGGAAUACUUCCUUGCGACGUUUUUCCAGGAUUUCUGGGAGAUGUUGGUCAGUACGGCGAAAUUGGGUGACUUGGCCGUGGGCAGUGCCCUUGCCGACCCGAGAGACGACCUGAUUAAUGUGUAUGAAUAUGUUAAGGAACGGAAAAAUGGUGCUCCUCGCAGACGCUCCAGAAGAGAGUCUUCGUUCCGUGAAGGUUCGUCUCUUCCAUUUACGAAAAACGAAGUCAAACAUGCCAGUGACGAUUCGGCCUCGCUGGAUCUCGAGGACCACUUAUCCUUUUUGGCAGAUGCCGCUUCGAAAGCUGAUUCGCCUUUUGAUAAACUCUUGCACACCGCCGAAGCCAUCAACAAAAACUCUGAAAGUCCAGUGAGCCGGUUUUUCCUGACUUUCAAACGCCAGGAGUUUGUGGCCUUGUAUGGGUCUGUUCGUGGAACUCCUUCGGCACAGGUUUUAUUGGAUGUGUUGACGAAAUACUAUAAGGAGUUUCAAGCAGAGCCACAUUUGUUUAAUGCUCCUGACUCCGGAACGUUUUUAAAAGAUCUCCAGCGGGCGCUGAAGCGGGACGAUGGGCGCUCGUCGUCGGUGACUAAAUAG